GCGCGCAAAUUUGACUUCACUCAGAGCAAUUAUUUCGUCAUGAAUCGAGAACUUUGCAUUCGCGGAUUUAUCUUCCCAAGAAAAGAUAUCAGAUGCUUGUAUUGUCAAAGAAAAAGGAAUAGGUUUUUAGAAUGUCUAGUGAGGCAGUCAGCGAGGAGGAUUAUAUUAGCGGUAGCGAGAGCGAUUAUAGUUAUGAAUCGGGGAGCAAAGAUGACCUGGGAUCAGCGGGUUCAGACAAACAACUCAGUUUUUUGGAAGAGGAUAAACAUCAUGCUAUUCGACUUGAAGAUCAAAUGAAUAAUGAACAUCUUGAGGUCCUUCAACGUAUCUUUGAGGAAGCUGAUGAAGACGGAGGUGGAGGACUGGACUAUGAGGAAUUUCGUCGAGCCAUGAUUAAAACUAUGUCUUGCAAAGAAGUGCCUGAUGACAACCAGCUUGCGAUCACUUUCAUGAAAGUUGAUGCAAAUUGUGAUGGAACUGUGGACUGGGAGGAGUUCUGUUCUUACAUGUUACUUGAGAACCAGCUGAAGGAUGUUAUGACAAGUGAUGAGAGAGAGAUGGAGUUUCCACAUCCUGCACGUGAGAUUCCAAGCGCACACAGAGAUAACAUCGCGCGCAUUACGUACUUCGCUAAGAUGUCCCACGGGCCGGACGAGUCUGGCGAUAAUAAUGUUGGUCGGUACGUGACGGUGAGCAGGGAGGGCGUGCUUCACUUCUGGAGUAUGGAUCUUAACCCGAUACGCACCAUUACGGUAUCGAACGCGAGUGAAGGCAAGGCCUCCAAGAGUGUGUGGAUCACAGAUUGUGUCGUGCUGCCGAACGCCAAGAAGAUUGCCGUGUCAUCUGCAGAUAGAGAAAUAGCGUUUUACGACUGCUCCGCUAACAGUGUCGAAAAACAGUUCGUUCUGUCAGGUCUAGAGAAUUGUGCUCUGUGUAUGGAUUAUUGGUAUGAUCCUCGUCACCCUAACCAAAGUAUUCUACUCUUCGGAGACUCUGGGGGAAAAGUCAGUUGUAUCAAGUUCUCUGCCGUGAAUCUUGGAUUGUUUGACCUCAACAUCGGACAGACCAUCCCAUCAGUAACGUGUCGCCGUAUCCCGUUCCCUGAGCUCGUACUUGGGAGGCACCCGAACGUGAAAGCAGUACAAUUCACGGGUCUUCACAACGACUGGGUGCGCAAAGUCAAGUAUUACCCAACCCUCCAGUGCUUCAUUUCAUGCGCGACUUCGUCUGAGAACUCCAUGUACCUGGGUGAUGUGGACCGGAAAAAGACGUGCUCGAUGUUUCGCACGAGAAAAGGUAUCACAUCCUUUGACUACUGCAAGGAGUGGAACGUCAUAGUGACGGGUGGUCUGGAUCAUUACGUCAGGCUGUGGAAUCCGUACGUCACAUCCAAAUCGACCUCUGUUCUGAAGGGUCACAGUGCUACUGUCACGCACAUACUCGUUAACAGCGAGAAGGGAGAGAUCAUCAGUGUUGCCCAGGAUAAGGUGAUAAAGAUUUGGGACAUGCGUGACCUAUGUUGCGUGCAGACCAUCCCAGCUCGUUCACUACUUCCAGGUCCACACAUCAUCUCCAGCAUAUACUUCCACCCCAAAGCGCACUGUAUACUUGUUGGAACUAAUCAGCUUUCCGUGCUUGAAGGCAAGAAUGAUGAGCCUUCCGAGGAGUGCGAGAUUAUGAGCCACACGAAACCGCUUUGCGCAGCUCUUUACAACGAUCUUUUUGAUCAGGUAGUGAGCGCGUGUCACGAGUCAGUCGUCUGCGUGUGGUCGCUAGAGACUGGUGAGAAGAUUAUCCAGUUUUCUAACGCGCACGAUGAUUCAGAGAUCACGGCCAUGAGUUUUGACCCUUCCAAGCGUCGCCUGGUGACAGGCGCUCGUGACGGCUCCGUCAAGAUCUGGAACUUUAACAACGGUGCGUGUCUUCGUGUUCUCCACCAAGUGGACGAUGAGGAGAUCACAGGGAUUCUCUGCCAUAAACAGCAUAUCAUUACUGUUGGAUGGAGCAAGAACGUUAUUUUCCACAGGAAUUGCCGUGACGAUGAAGAGGACGUCCCUCGCGUGUGGCGCGCGUUCCACGCGGACGACAUCCUCUCCAUCGCGCUUUACCACCCCAGCCUUGUGGCCACCUCCAGCUAUGAUGGCUGCGUCAAGAUAUGGAACGCUGAUACAGGCCACAUGUCAUGCUUGCUCAAUACCAACAAGUACCACUCAAACACCGCAGGGGUCGCGGCCAUACCUCUAGAUUUGAAGCGCAGGAUAUCGCAGAACAAUGCGCUUUUAAGUGCGUGUGUGGCAUCGUCCCGUUUGUCUCAAGGUCACAGGCCUUCAAGCCGAUCGGCCUCAAGAAGUGGGAACAGGCGUUCAUCGCUAUUCAGGGACCCGACCCUGAUCGCCAUGUCCAGGCCAAACAGCAGGCUCAUAACGCCCAUUUUACCAGACAUUGAAGUCAGGGAGUCAGACCACGACUCCGUCGUCGAGAACGUUCUUUUCCUGCAGAAGCGAGAGAGCCAUCGACAGACCGCAACCCUAGUGACCAGCGGCUCAGGAGGAUGGGUUCGCCUGUGGACCCUUUUUGGUGGGGAACUUCUGGGCCAGUUUAUGGCGGCUCAGAGCGGGAAAGAAUCCGUGACAGCGCUCACUACAGACAGCGACAAUACGAUGCUUGUCACAGCGGACACACUCGGCUAUGUCAGGGUCUGGGACAUUUCUUGCUACUACAUCAAAGAAAGUGAAAAGCCUCCUCCCAAGGAAAAUCCUGAAGAGCGGUCAGACGAAGACAAACACAGGCAAUCCGCGGCACGCCGGCGGGCGAAUUUACGCCGUGACAACCUCCCUCUCAAGAUAGGAAAUGUAAGCUGCGUUCCUCCACCACUAUUAUGCAAAUUCAGAGCGCAUCUCAUGUGCGUCGUGAGCCUCGACUUUGUGAGCGGCAAGAACCUCAUAGUCACAGCUUCCACCGACUGCUCCGCACGUCUGUGGACAAGUGCUGGCAGAUAUGUAGGAACCUUUGGACAGAAAGUUUUGUGGGAUAUAGAGCGAGCCAUAAAAGGACGAGCAAAGCUCCCCCAUGAUAUCCUCCGGAACGCAUCACCAGACACCCUGAAAAGCCUGGGUACAUCGGGGACCUACAAAUGGCGGCGCAUAGCCAAACAAAUCCUGCACAUUGCGAACAUAGGGCGUCAUCUCACCACCAAGAUGGCGGACACGAGCUUUGACCAACAGGCGUUGGAGCCUAGCAUUAAAGAAAGCAUGCGAAAUGUCCUCGGAAAAUAUUACCAGCCAAAAACCAGACACCGCCUUUUACCGCCCAUCCAGAGACCUAGGUUCAAUCACAACCAGGUCGUUGUUUACUCCUCGCUGCCUUAUAAGGAUUUGGAGACCGUGGACGAUGCUAACUUAUCGUUUGUGCUGGGACACCCAGGAGAGAAGUCGUCUUUGUAUUCGCUGAGGGAUGGGACAGAGAGCAGGGGACGUACAAUGAAGAUGGGUGCACCCCCAUCGACAACGCCCAAGUCCCAAGGUCCUCGCACCCCGGCUAGUCGUGGGUCCGAUUCCAGGAAGGGAAGAACUCAUGUUUAGACAGGAUGAUAUAAACCUAGUUUAAGAUGUAAAAUUUUAGCAGCUUCCUUGGGUAUAAUUUCCAUGUAAUGAUUGUGUUAUUAUUGAGAAUGUUAUGGUUAAAGAAUGCUAAAAAUUUUAAAGAAUAUGUAGUGUCAUACAAUAUAGUAAAGCAGUUGCUAAUCGACGAACUAUGUCAACAAUUACUUGCGCGCAUUUUAUCCGACUCUUAAGACAAUUUUGUUAUUUUUUUCAUUCAUCUACUUAACCGUAGAUCAAAAAAGCAUCCACAAUGGUAAAAUGAGAUAUUUGAUUUAUAUAAUUUUUAAAAGAACGAUUGAGUAAUCCGAGGAAAUUAGAUUCUUUAGGGUAAUUGACAUUGCUGUGAAGCGUAAAAUGGCGGUGUGACCGAUCAAUCAUUGAGAAUAAAGAAAAGAAAAUGCU